AUGCCAGGUCGCUUAAAAUCCUCGUCGCCGGACGCAACGGAUUGCUCAUCGGAUGCAGCAGACGCCUCACCAACGCCCACACUCUCCACAGCCGCGGAGUCUCCAAAAACACCCACGCCCUCGACGCCUCCACCGUCCGUGCCUGACCUCGCGCGUACCCCACCUCCACCCGCGCCACAGCGCGCACCACCCAUGACGCCAGAACGCACCCGCCUCACCCUCAUCCGCAAUCGCCGCCUUCACUACCUCUCAUCAACCCCGACCUACUUCACUGCGCCCGACCUCGAGCUCGCCGAUCCACUCCUCUACGACCGCUUAAUCCGACAAUACAUGACACCGGCGGAACGCGAAGCACAAGGGCGUGCGCGGGGUUGGUCGGGAGUUCUCGAAGCGGAUCUCACUCGCGCUGAGGCGAAGGUUGCCGCUCUCGCGGACAGCGACACCAGUGUGCCUGUCGAGGCCAGGGCGGAGACGGCGUCCGGAGAGGUGGUGUCCACCCGGGAGGAGGGCGAGCAGCUGUGGCGUGAGACGAUGACACUACGGUUUCUCGAGGGGAGGGACCCCGACGUUGAUUACGUGACGAUCGAUGAGAGCGAGGAUUGGGAUGACCAGGAGACGGAGAGAAGGGAGGCAGAGGAGAUGUGGUUCGAUGCUGAGACUCCAAGCGCCGUCACGAGCGAUACAGGGGUGCUAGAUUAUUGA